AUGCAACGGUCACCGGCGGCGGUGAAGGCCACGCACCUGUGCGCCAAAAUUAAAAACAGAAUCAAAACGGAAUCCCCAGAUUUCGACGUGUUCAUAAGCCACCGUGGAAUCGACACAAGACGGAGCGUGGCCGGAAUAUUGCACGAGCAUUUCUCCGGCUUGGGGCUGUGGCCAUUUCUCGACGUCAAGUCCAUGUCCCCCGGCGACAAUCUAAUUGGCAAAAUUGACUCCGCCAUCCGAAGCUGCAGGGUCGGAGUACCGGUUUUUUCGCCUCGGUAUUGCGAGUCCUAUUACUGUCUCUAUGAGCUGGCUCGUAUGCUGCGCUCCAAUAAAUGGAUCGUGCCGAUUUUUUGGAAUGUGAAGCCGUCGGAGCUCCGAGUUGCCGAUGAAAAUAAAAGGCUCAGCCGCUUCGCUUGGGCCGUUGAGGAAGCUAAGUGUACUGUCGGCUUGUCUUUUGACUCCACAAAUGGUGAUUGGUCAGAACUGCUCUCCAGUGUUUCAGGUGCAGUGAUGAAGUUGGUCGAGGAAGAUGAAAGAUAA